AGAGAGCAUCACACAGCAUCCGAACGUCAAAGCGAGCACAUCUCAGCUACACAACACACGAAAACUAUCUUCAAGAAACACAUCAUUACCUAAUGUCGGCCAUCAGCAAGCAAAAGAACUUCAACACCAUGUACAAGUCAAAGGUUUCACCAUCCCGUCGCCUGAAGAACCUGCUGAAGCCCCUCCUGGGUCAUGUCUUCAACCUGAAAAAGGAGCAGCAGCCCAAGCGCAGCUCCUAUAUCGCCUCGGAGGAGAAGGAGGCCGAGUUCGAGUGGCUCAACAACGAUAUGGACAACAUGGCCAACGAGCAUCUGGAGAAUCGCCUGAUCGACGAAAUCCGGCAGUGCGCCAAGGAGGAUGCCGUCAUCAUCUACAACGAAAACGGCUCCGGCGAACUGAUGACCAUGGAUCAGGAGGAUUACUACGUUCCGGUCCACUUCGCUCGCACCAAUGCUGGCACCUUCUUCUGGACAUCGAUGCAACCCAAGUCCGAGCCCUAUGCCAUCGAAUGGAACUUCCUCGACCGAUGGGCUCAGGCGUGAACCGACCUCUAAGCUGAAAGCAGGACUUCAACCUUGGACAACAAAUGGGGGUUUUCGACCAACACUUGGGACAACUCUUCGACUGGACUGGAGCUCGGUUCUCCAGCGGGAUGGGCACUUCAGAGUUUGGGCACUUCGACUUUGGGUUCAUCGAUCUAGGGCGCUUUCGGAAU